UUUGACCUUGCCCGUCAAAUACUUUAAUUUUGGCGCCACGCUAGAUUCAAAGCCGUGCAAUCAAGCUCCCUGGCUGAACUCGGGAAUCUCUCAGGGAAUCCUUUCUGCGAAGUAAUCAAAAGGCCGCCGUUUCCACUGCUUCUUGAGUCUCGCCUUCUGGCAAGUUAUUCUUUCUGUCUCAUCCAGAUACUCAACGCUCAAACCAGGACUUGAAUCCCUCAAUAUACAUUACAAUCUCUCAGCAAACACACACGAUCACAUCCGCGAUCAUCGUACUCUCUUGACAUGUCCAUCAUCUCGAAGCUCAAGGGAGCCAAGAAGGCAGCGGAUGACCACAAGGCAAAGGCGGAAACCCAAGAGACCAAACCUGCUGCCACAGCUCCUUACAGACAUGUUCCAACUCAUGCCGCCACGGAUGCUAUGACCAGCUCACCGGGAGGCUGGAAGGCCGAAGAAAUCGCAUACCAAAACAAGGCCCGUUUGAGCAGAAUAGGCAGCGACUAUUCUACUCGCCCAUCUACUUCUCACACAACAACCUCUCGUUCCAGCAGACCGGCUUUCAACAGAGCCAACAGCGAUUCAUCCUUGGACUUUACGCCCUCUACGCAAGCCUUUACAUUGCCCGUCAGAUCAACAGGUUCAUCCAUGAAGUCGGCCUCCGUUUCUCGAAACACAAGCUUCCAGGGUCUGGAAAAGGUUAUGGAGUCCAAUGAUCGCGAUCAGGAGCCCGUUUUUGCUGCAGCUCUGCUGGCCAACAGAACCAAGGCUUCCCGCUCCCCUCGUGGCUCUACCCGUAGCUCGCAGAGAGUGAGAAUAGUUCGCCAUCAGGCUCAAGCAGUGGUCAAAUUGAGCUCAGAUCCGAGGCAGUCGCUUAUGCACCCUCUCAUGAGAUUCAUCCAGGUCGUAGAGUUAACCAGAUGCUCGUAGAGCAACCACAAACUCAGCGCAAAUAUUUCGGACACAACAAGGCACCCAGCUCCGAGGCCAAUGAGGUCCCCGUUCCGGCUCCUGUCGUCAAGAAGGAGCGAUUCUCUUUCUUGAAG